AUGCCUACGCAACUACCUCCCAAGAAGUGCGGCGUCCUGGGCGCGACUGGCUCCGUCGGCCAGCGCUUCAUCCUUCUCCUCGCCAAACAUCCCUCGCUUGUACUUCACGCCAUCGGCGCGUCAUCGCGCUCCGCCGGCAAGGCCUACAAGGACGCCGUCCGCUGGAAGCAGGCCUCACCCAUGGGCAAGGUCGCCGAUUUGGUGGUGCGAGAGUGCAAGGCUAGCGAGUUUGCCGACUGCGACGUCGUCUUUUCCGGCCUCGACUCUGACGUGGCCGGCGAUAUUGAGAUGGAGUUUCUCAAGGCCGAGAUCCCCGUAUUCUCCAACGCGAAAAACUACCGCCGCGAUCCCCUCGUGCCGCUCGUCGUCCCGACUGUCAACCUCACUCACCUCGACCUGAUCCCACACCAGCGCUCCGAGCACAAGCUCUCCAAGGGCUUCCUCGUAUGUAACUCCAACUGCGCCGUCAUUGGGCUAGUUAUCCCCUUUGCCGCGCUGCAGGCCGCGUUCGGCCCCAUCGACCUCGUCAGCAUCGUCACCCUGCAGGCCGUCUCAGGCGCCGGCUACCCAGGCGUCUCGUCUAUGGACGUGCUCGACAACAUCGUGCCGUAUAUCCAGGGCGAAGAAGAUAAGCUCGAGACGGAGGCGCGCAAGAUCCUCGGAAGCCUCGACACCACCAAGACGGCAUUUGUCGAACAAGACGGCCUGCGCGUCUCGGCCGCCUGCAACCGCGUCCCAGUCCUCGACGGCCACACGGCCUGCGUCAGCCUCAAGUUCAAGAAUCAGCCCGCGCCAUCAGCGGAGGCGGUCAAGAAGGCGCUGCGCGAGUACACGUGCGAAGCGCAGGCACUGGGCUGCCCGUCGGCACCAGAGCCGCCGAUUGCGGUGUUUGAGGAGAAUGAUCGCCCGCAGCCCCGUCUGGACCGUGACCUGGGCAACGGGUACACUGUCAGCGUUGGCCGCGUGCGCGAGGACGAGAGCGGCAUCUUUGAUCUCAAGUUUGUUGCUCUGAGCCACAACACCGUCAUUGGAGCUGCCGGGUCGUCCAUUUUGAAUGCCGAGGCCGCCAUCCUCAAGGGCUACAUCUAA